UUUGUUUUCAAGUAUUGAUUGCCGUGGUCCUUGGUCGCAGACUGAGCAUUUGAAACGUGAAAUCCAUUGGACAAACCCAGCAAUGAUUGAAACAACAAGAACAUAGCGCAUACUUUGAAUCAAGAUCUGUUGCAGUACAAAGUUUCAAGCUUUGACAGUUUUGAUUCCGGGUAUGCAAGCAUAGAAUAAUUGGAUCGAGCGAAGUGUUUGAGUAAGUAACAAUAGUGAAGUUUCUGCUACUGGGUUUUGGAUGGAGGAAAAAGAUGGGAUUGAAGAGAGCAGUGUGAGGUUGUUGGGUAGCAGCAGCAGUGGUGGUGGUGACCAAAGGUGGGUGGAUGGAAGUGAGGUGGAUUCCGAAUCUCCUCCAUUUUCUCUAUUUGAUGAGAAUGAUAUCAGAGAAGGGUAUGGAUCUAUGAGGAGAAGACUUGUCAAGAAGCCCAAAAGAGUUGAUUCUUUUGAUGUUGAAGCUAUGCAGAUUGCUGGUGCUCAUGGACACCACCAGAAGGAUCUGUCCCUCUGGCCAACCAUUGCAUUGGCCUUUCAAACUCUUGGUGUGGUAUAUGGUGACAUGGGUACUAGCCCUCUUUAUGUCUUUGCCGAUGUGUUCAGCAAAGUACCCAUCGAGUCAGAGGUAGAUGUCUUGGGUGCUUUAUCAGUAGUCAUGUACACAAUUGCUCUUAUACCUUUAGCGAAAUACGUCUUUGUCGUUCUCAAAGCCAAUGAUAAUGGGGAAGGGGGGACAUUUGCAUUGUACUCGCUGAUUAGUAGAUAUGCUAAGGUUAAUAUGUUGCCAAAUCGUCAGACAGCUGAUGAAUUGAUUUCAAGUUUCAAGCUCCAACUGCCCACUCCAGAAUUGGAAAGAGCUUUAAACAUAAAAGAUAAUUUGGAGAGGAGAUCAUCCUUGAAAACCCUUCUCUUGUUGCUGGUCCUGAUGGGAACUUCCAUGAUUAUUGGAGAUGGUAUUCUGACCCCAGCAAUCUCAGUGAUGUCUGCUGUGAGUGGUCUGCAGGGAGAAAUAAAGGGAUUUGGGACAACCGCUCUCGUCAUUGUUUCAAUUGUAAUUCUUGUGGGUUUGUUCAGCAUACAGAGAUUUGGGACUGGUAAAGUGGGUUUCUUGUUUGCCCCGGCAUUAGCUUUGUGGUUCUUCUCUCUGGGUUCUAUCGGACUUUAUAAUCUUGUGAAGUAUGACAUCACUGUCUUGAGGGCAUUUAAUCCCGCUUAUAUCUAUUUAUUCUUCAAGAAGAACAGCAGUGAUGCAUGGUCAGCUCUUGGUGGUUGUGUUCUAUGCAUUACAGGAGCUGAAGCAAUGUUUGCCGAUCUAGGGCAUUUCUCCGUAGAAGCGAUUCAGAUGGCCUUUACUUGCGUGGUGUUCCCUUGCCUUCUGUUGGCUUACUUGGGCCAAGCUGCAUAUUUAACGAAACACCCUGAUUCUGCAGAAAGAAUAUUUUAUGAUUCUGUUCCAGAGAGUCUUUUCUGGCCAGUCUUUGUUGUAGCCACAAUUGCAGCCAUGAUUGCCAGCCAAGCAAUGAUAUCUGCUACGUUUUCAUGUGUGAAGCAGUCUAUGGCUCUCGGAUGCUUUCCACGGCUGAAGAUAGUUCACACCUCAAAGAGGCGGAUGGGCCAAAUAUAUAUCCCUGUAAUUAAUUGGUUUUUGAUGAUCAUGUGCAUUAUUGUGGUUUCCAUCUUUCAAAGCACCACAGAUAUUGCCAAUGCAUAUGGUAUAGCUGAGGUUGGAGUGAUGAUUGUUAGCACCACAUUGGUGACGCUUGUCAUGCUUCUAAUAUGGCAGACCAACUUAUUUCUGGCUUUGUGCUUUCCGUUUGUAUUUGGAUCAAUUGAGCUCAUCUACUUGUCUGCGGUUCUAUCUAAACUCUUGGAGGGUGGUUGGCUUCCGCUUGUUUUUGCUACAUUCUUUCUUUGUGUGAUGUACACUUGGAACUAUGGAAGCGUGUUGAAGUACCAGAGCGAGGUCAGGGAGAAGAUUUCGAUGGACUACAUACAUGAACUUGGCUCCACUUUGGGAACUGUAAGAGUUCCGGGUAUUGGAUUGCUAUACAACGAGCUUGUCCAAGGCAUUCCCUCAAUUUUUGGGCAGUUUCUACUGAGCCUUCCGGCAGUCCACUCUGUUGUAGUGUUUGUUUGCAUUAAGUAUGUCCCUGUCCCUGUGGUGCCGCAAGAGGAAAGAUUUCUGUUUCGAAGAGUUUGCCCCAAAGACUACCAUAUGUUCCGCUGCAUUGCCCGCUACGGUUACAAAGAUGUCCGGAAGGAAGAUCACCGUGCAUUUGAGCAGCUUCUAAUUGAAAGCCUUGAGAAGUUCUUGAGAAGGGAGGCUCAAGAUCUCGCGUUAGAGAUUGAUGCAAGCGAGGUGGAUUUCGAUAGCGUAUCAGUGAGGUCUAGGGAUUCUGCUGCGAGGGGCAGAAAUGGGGUCGAGGAGCUUAGGGUUCCAUUGAUUCUUGAUCAAAGACUGGGAGAAGCAGGGACUUCAACAUCCAAUGAAGCUUCUCUAGAAUUGCCAUCCAGUGUGAUGUCAUCAGAUGAAGACCCGAGCCUGGAGUACGAGCUUUCAGCACUCCGAGAAGCAAUGGAUUCGGGAUUUACAUAUUUGCUUGCUCACGGGGACGUUAGGGCAAAGAAAAAUUCCUUCUUCCUCAAGAAAUUGGUUAUAAACUACUUCUAUGCAUUCUUGAGGAGGAAUUGCAGAGCUGGUGCUGCAAACAUGAGUGUUCCUCACAUGAAUAUCUUGCAAGUUGGAAUGACAUACAUGGUCUGAUCUUAUCAUGUUUUUUAGCAGACUUUUCCCAUUCCAUUGAUAGAUCUUUGGUUGCUGUCUCCAUCAAUUUGAACCAACUGGACAUGUGUGUAUCAGGUACUUAUAUACAAACAAGUAGUGUGUAUCAGAUGAGAACUUGGAACUUCAGCAUGGACAUUGUAGACAAAAAACAUUUAUGAUUUGUGGAUUCUUCAUUGAUGAGAAUAAAGUUUAUGUAGUUCAACAGUAGUA